AUGUCGUCUCCCUCGGGCCCUCAAGACAACAGGCCAUUUGUUGGUUUAGAUGGUACACCCGUCAGGUGUCAAAUGGAAACUUCCUUUCUCUCCAUUCUGGAGAGUGCUGGCUUGAAAGAAUGGGCUACCCAACAAAACGAGCUACGACGCCCGACACCAGGAGAGGCUGCCGCUCCGGACGAACGAAACAAAGGCAGCACAUCGCGCAAGUCAAGCAGGCGACCACCAUCAUCCUCCCGACUGCAUAAGUCAGCAAAUACAAGAUAUGGCGGUCGAUCGCGAAAAUCUAAGGACCACAGCUACAAGAAGCCUCGACCUGGACAGUCAAAGAACGACGACAGAAGAGCUACAGCCGAGGGGCAGGACGAGGAAACAGAGGAAAGAAGACGACGAGCAGAGAGUUUCGUUCCCGAUUACUCUGGUUACAAUACGAUGGAUACCGAACUUGAUAUCAUUCGACAACAGUUGACGGCACGAAAGGAAAAGUAG